GUUUUGAUUGGAUAAUAAUAGGACGGACCCCCUGCGAUGUCAAAAUCAUAACAAGCCUGUCGUUUCUGCCAUGAUGUCGAAUCCGCGUAAGUUUAGCGAGAAAAUAGCACUUCAUAACCAGAAACAAGCAGAAGAAACAGCAGCAUUCGAGGCCAUCCUCAGAGAUGUGUCGUUUGCAACCAAGUGUACUACUCAGAAGAGCUACCCUCCACAGCAGCAGCACCUACAGUUACAAAACAUCGCGACGCAGUAUCGCGCCGGAUCGCUGCCCAAUGUCAAUCAAAUGGCCACAAAUUCCCCCAUUGAUCUGCCAUCUGCUUUGCGGGAUUUUGAGGACAUGCGAGCAGGCGGUUCAAUGCACAACAGAAUGGACGGGCGAAUACACAAUGUUCGUGACAGGGGCAGACAACUCGGUCCACAUAGAAGAGCAUUUCCUAUGGAUAAACAAAGGAACGACUGUUCCCCCUAUGGAUCUGCGUACCUUUCGCCUCCACCAGAUACAAUAUGGAAAAGGACGCAAAUGAUUCGAAACCACGAUUUACCACGAACAAAUUCGGACUCUGCUAUUCACACCAGUACAAUGGGACCUGCUGUAAACUCUGAUCUGGACCACAUGCCUAGUCCCACUACACCCCCUCCGCAUCGCAGAAUUGUGGAAAUGGUAGGAGAAAAUAUGGGAAACGACAAUAUGCGGAAAGGAUACUGGGACCCUAAACAGAUGUCUGGUUCUCGGCCCAAAUCCUGCGAAGUUCCUAACAUUAAUAUCUACCCUUCUGCUGAACAAGAGAACCACACAGGAGGAAUGCAAGUUCCUAUAACAAACAACACAGGAUCACUGCCUGAUCUGACAGUCCUGCACUUCCCUCCUCCCCUGACCACCCCUUUAGAUGCUGAGGACCAGAACUAUGGUGCCCAACCCACCAACCUCUCCCCUACUAGUGCCCAUCAUGUUGGAAUGGUGCCACAGCAAUCAGCUAGUCCACAGGCCCAAAGCCCCGCCCAAAGGCGGCGCCCACACCAAGGAGGCCCCAGCCCACUCGUAUUGAGCAGCUCCCCCUCACAGCAGAUGAGACUGCCCCAUUCACCACCAGUUAGUGUUCCCAAUCUCGACCCCAGUAAAUUGCCCACGGAUCUACGGAUAAAGCAACAGUUUUUGUUACACUUACACCAGCAGCAGCAGAGACAUAGGGCACCCAAUCACUCUUAUCAGUCACAACAACAACCCCACCCCAACCCCCAUUCCGGGGGAGUAGGGGCACCCCACCCAUCUUCACAGCAGCCUCCAAAUAACUCGGUUUUACAGAAUCCUCAACAAAGAGUACCACAAGUUUGUAUUACUACCGCUGAACAAAACGACUCGCAGCCUUCAUUAUCACAUUAUAGAAACAGUGUAUCAGAAAACUGUCAGUCACCCACAUCACCCCACUCACAACCAUCUUACUCCCCAGCUCAGUCUCCGGGCCUGCCCCCCUCCACGUGGAAUAACUUCACAGACAACUACCACCUCCAGCAACAACAGCAGACACAGGCUCUUCAACACCAAUUCGAACAGUUCAAAAUGUCACCAGACAACCAUUAUUCAAGUGCUGACAAUUUAAACACUUCUAAUGGAGUCAGUAGUGGGAGUUACACGAUCUCCCAGCCCUCGGUUAGCAUGUCUCAGGCGAUGAUGCAUGGUCUGACGGGAAGUCAAGAGUUCCAACAGCCUCACCCUUACUACAUGCAGGCAGAUGUCGGGGGCAGUGGCCCCUCGCGGGGGAUGAACCAGGCCUCUCUUCAACAGUCACCCCAUCACCUCUCUCACCACAAUAAGAUUCCCGAUAUUGUAUUUAAUGGAGCUGAUGAUACAAAUGCAUAUCAACAAGACUUUGCUAAAGAAUUGGGUAAUGCUAUUACAGGAAUGUCAGAGAACUUUGACUUUUUCGCAUCGGAUGAAGAAGUUCUCAAGGUGGGAUUAGGGCCUUUGGAUUUUGAUGGACUACAGAUGUUGACAGAUCCUAAUUUGAUUACGGACCCUGCGACUGAGGACAGCUUUAAAUUAGAACAUAGGUCCUAGAUUUGUGAACUUAGUAUCUCAAAUAAUUUAUUAUAAAAUGGCCUCCAAGCAUUUUAUAUUUGUGUAGGAUUUUGUUAGUUUCAUUGAAUGAUUUCAGUUCAUUAGCUGCAAACAGACGUGCUUUUUCUGUAGCCUUCCUCUGACCUUUCCCCUUAGUGUAACUAGCGGUCACCAAUCUUAUCAAUAUCAGGAUUCAUUCUUCAUGGAGACCAGAGAGCAUUGCUUUUGGAGACAAUUCAAGUGUGUGCUAUUUUCUUAGCAUUUUGGAGAAGGUGAUGCAGUAAUGUUAAAGUGUAUUACAAUCUGAGCACGAGUGUUGUAUGUUCAUUGAAGAAUAAAAUCAGGAGCAUUG